AUGUCACUUCCAAAAUUACCUUCGAUUAGAGAACUUAUCAAGAUCUAUGGUCUCUCUGCUAAAUCUCAACUUAGUCAAAAUUUUAUACUCGAUAAAAAUAUAACAGACAAGAUCAUCAGAACGACAUACAUUUCAGAAAAAACACCUCUUGUUGUUGAAGUAGGUCCUGGUCCAGGAUUACUGUCGAGAUCCAUAUUAGAUUCAGGAGCUAAAUGCAUUGUGGCAGUAGAAAAGGAUAACAGAUUUUUACCAACAUUGCAUCAAUUAUCAGAAGCAUCAGAUAACAGAUUUCAAGUAAUAAAUGGAAAUAUAUUAACAGUAGAUCAUAAAGAUAUAUUAUCAAAGACCUCAUUUCAACAAGACAAUAACCAUCCUGUACAUAUUAUUGGCAAUUUGCCUUUUAAUAUCGCAUCACCUUUAUUAUUACAAUGGCUACAUCAGAGAGCAAGUCAAGAAGCUCUGUUUAGCAUAAACAACGAUGUCUGGUUGACCCUCAUGUUUCAAAAAGAAGUAGGCGAUAGAAUUAUCGCAGAUGCAUCCACAUCAAAGCGCGGUAGGCUAUCAGUCAUGACACAAAGUUUGUAUAAUGUAAAAGAGGUUUAUAAAGUACCAUCUACUGUUUUUGUUCCCAGGCCUAAAGUAGAUGCUUCAGUUAUACAGUUUUCUCCAAAGCCAUUCUUUGCACUAGACACUGAAAUGCAAGAGAUUUACCUUAUUCUUGAGAAUUUGGUGCGACACUAUUUUACCAAACGAAGAAAGACAAUCGGACAUAUCACAAAGCAUCUUGGCAAACAAGUACCUGAAUUCCAAAAGAUAACUGAACAAUUAGAGACUAUAGUCGACUUUCAAGCAAGGCCAGAAGAUGUAUCCACAGAGACAUUUUGUAAUAUUGCAAAGCUUCUCUAUACCAAUAAAAUCAAGUUGUCAUAG